CCUCCCCCUUGUCAGCCAUAUACCACCAUGCAAGGGUCAACUGGUACCAAUGGAUAUGGACAGAUUGCAAGCUUACAGGGGCACCCUCGUAUCACAGUAGCUUCUGGUUUUCCAGCUCUCACUGCUAUCCAACGCACUAAUAAUAAUCGACUUGACCAUGCUUCUCAUUCGCUUCCUCGUAAUGCACGGAAAGAAAAGAAACCUCGUGGAAAGGCUAUCCGUCCACCCAGUCUUGCCCGUAGAGAUCGAGGUCCAAAUAUUGAGGACUGUAUUAAUAUAGCUGUAGGAGGAGUAGAAGUCAUCACCAUUGAUGUACUAGUUUAUCUUCCUCUUCCACCAAAGGCCAUCAUUAACCAUUACCGACUUCCCAGUCAACCUAUCUUCUACGAUAUCAAUAAGGACAGCUUUCGCAUGGUGCUCAAUGCACUAGGUCUUCUUCACCAGUAUUCUAAUCUUCCGACUUCCACUAUGGUUUUUGACCUUCUCUCCGACAUUACUAUAAAACUCAGAGAUCAGUACAGUCUUCCGUUGCUUUCAUCAUCCUUACCACUUGCUCCACGCGAGCUCCUUCCUCUUCAUCUUAUGGGCUUCAGUAACUACGGCCGAACCAAUGGGUCAUACAGUACUUCAAAACUUAGGCCCAUGUCGUAUGAGAGCAAUACAACCAUUCGGGAUUUAUUAUCAAGCCACUCUACAUAUGUCAUUCCAAAGUUAGUCGUCACAAAGGACAAUCAUUUCCAGCUACAUGCUAUUAUUCGCGCCUACCCACUUGAGGCUAAUGUAGGCUUAGCCCAGGUUUAUUUAGGGUCGGAUGAGAGCAUUCGCCCUCAUAGAUGCUUAUCGAAACGCUUUUAUUCAAUGUUCCGCCAUGAUUCGGAUGCCAAUCUCAACGUUCAUGCCUUGGAUGAGGAAGAAAUGGAGGAAUCUUGUGAUGAG